GGCUCAUGGAAACGUGCGCGUAUAAUAUUAAUACGCGAAAUGUCUUGUUCCAGUAUUAUGGGGGCAAUGAAACAUUUGUUUGAAAAUUUUGUUUCCUGAAUAUAAAAAAUAUAUAUCUGUUUGUUAUUUUUUAAAUUUUUUUAAAGAUAUCAAGAGAUAUACUCUGGUUGCAGAUCAUACUUAACUGAGUUUGCAUUCAUGCGCAUUGGAUACUCUUUGGAGACCAAGUUCGAUUAAUUACCUUAUUCGGUAACAAAACACGUUCGAAGUGUUCUUGUCAGAGAGCAUGAGAGACUCUUUCUUGCAGUAUUAAGCUUGGCGUAGUUUGGAAGUUGAAAAGCAAGAGUGGUUCAAAGUUUUGUUGAUUGGUGCUAGUGUAUUGAAGAAAUAGACUGUUAAAUUGACAAAAAUCUCGUUGAAAUGGCAUUGCAUGUACCAAAAGCGCCCGGAAUGGCGCAGAUGUUGAAAGAAGGGGCACGUUACUUCCGAGGACUUGAAGAAGCAGUGUUUCGAAAUAUUAGUGCUUGCAAGCAGUUUGCUCAAACAGUUCGAACUGCUUAUGGCCCAAAUGGCAUGAAUAAAAUGGUUAUUAAUCACAUAGAAAAAUUGUUUGUUACUAAUGAUGCUGCAACCAUCAUUAAAGAGUUAGAGGUUGAGCAUCCUGCUGCCAAGCUAAUGAUAUUAGCUUCACAGAUGCAAGAACAAGAAAUUGGUGAUGGAACAAAUUUUGUUAUUAUUUUUUCUGGUGCUCUUCUGGAGUCAGCUGAGGAUUUGCUACGAAUGGGGCUGACUCCCUCCGAAAUUGUGGAUGGCUAUGAAUUAGCAUUGGAGAAAGCUUUAGAAAUAUUACCUACUCUUACCUGCUAUGAAAUUAAAGAUUAUAGGAAUGAAACUGAAGUUUCAAAGGGAAUUAAAACAGCCAUCAUGAGUAAGCAAUAUGGCAAUGAAGAUUUUCUCACGAGCCUCAUUUCAAGAGCUUGUGUUUCUAUUUUGCCUGAAAAAACUACUUUCAAUGUGGACAAUAUUAGAGUGUGCAAGAUUCUGGGUUCUGGAGUACAUAACUCGCAAGUUGUUCAGGGUAUGGUCUUCAAGCGCAACGUGGAGGGUGAUGUAACUAAAAAGAGUCAAGCAAAAGUUGCUGUAUAUUCGUGUCCCCUGGACAUUACACAAACGGAAACAAAGGGAACUGUGUUAAUUAAGUCUGCAGAUGAGUUGAUGAACUUCAGCCGUGGAGAGGAACAACUUUUGGAGGAGCAGAUAAAGUCUAUUGCAGCUGCAGGGACAAAUGUUGUAGUGGCAGGAGCUAAGUUUGGAGAUAUGGCUCUUCAUUAUAUUAACAAAUACAACAUGAUGGCAGUUCGACUUAAUUCAAAAUUCGAUGUUCGUCGUCUGUGCAAAUCAGUUGGUGCUACAGUUUUGCCUCGCCUGACUGCUCCUACUCGUGAAGAACUUGGCUAUGCAGAUGAGGUUCGAGUGGAUGAGGUGGGUGAAACCUCAGUUGUCAUUUUCCGGUUGGAGGGAAGGGAAUCUCGCAUAUCAACAAUUGUGAUAAGAGGUUCUACAGACAACUACAUGGAUGAUAUUGAGAGAGCUGUGGAUGACGGUGUGAACACAUUCAAAGGAAUCACUAAGGAUGGUAGAUUUGUUCCUGGUGGUGGAGCUACUGAGAUAGAAUUGGCACGACAAAUUGCCUCUUAUGGUGAGACUUUACCUGGUUUGGAGCAAUAUGCUGUUAAAAGAUUUGCCACAGCACUAGAAAGCUUUGUGAAGAUUCUUGCUGAAAAUUCUGGAGUGAAAGCAAAUGAUGUUCUAUCAAAAUUGUAUGCUGCUCAUGAAGAAGGAAAGAAGAACUUUGGAUUUGAUGUAGAGGAUGAAGGGACAUCUGUCGGUGAUGUUGUUCAAGCAGGCAUCUUAGAUUUAUACAUAAAUAAAAUGUGGGGUCUAAAAUAUGCCACUAAUGCUGCAGGAACUAUUUUGAAAGUUGACCAGAUUAUUGUUGCAAAGAGAGCAGGGGGACCAAAACCUCCAAAUCCAAGUAGUGUUGUGCCUGAUGAUGAUUGAAUAAUUAUUUAGAAAUGUCUUUUGUUCUCCAUCAUUGUGUCUGUUCACUAUUUGUCAGAUAAUUUAUCUUACAGCUGCAAUUAACUUAAUUAAAACAAGCUUUAUAAAUCCUUCUUUAUUGAUUUCUUUUUUUAUAAAUACAGGAAUUUUCAAUAUGAUGGUUUUAUUUAUCCCAAAUUUGUAA